AUGACUAGCAAGAGUAGAGAGGCGAGGUCCCCAUGGCUCUUUGGGUCCAGUUUCUUAACCAGAGAGCUAUUCCAGGCUCACUACCAGGUGCUGAGGACCAUCCGUGAGGAGGCCUUCACCUCAAUCAAAUUGGCCAAGCACCUGCUUGUGGACUUCCUGGUGGCCGUGAAAAUCUUGGACAAGAUGGAUAUUGAGUUCUUUGCCUCAGAAGUGGAUAUCCUAAUGUCUGUGUACCACCAGAAUAUCGUCAAGCUGUUCGAGGUGGUAGAGACACGGGGACGGUUGUACUUGGUAAUGGAGCACAUAGAUGGAGACCUAGUGGACCACCUGCAAAAGGUGGGCAGGAUGGAGGAGGAGGAGGUCAGACCAAUGUUUGGGCAGAUCUUGCAGGGGGUCAAUUACUGCCAUGACAAUGGCAUUGCUCACAGGGACCUCAAGGCAGAAAAUAUCCUGCUGGACAGCAGAGGCACAGCCAAGCUCUGUGACUUCGGGCUGAGCACACGCUUCUUGCCAGGGAAGGAGCUGGACAGGGAAUGUGGGACUCUGGCCUAUUUGGCCCCUGAGAUGCUCAAGCACCAGAGAUACCAGGCCAAGGUGGAUGUUUGGAGCCUGGGCAUGCUGCUCUACUACAUGGUGAAGGGUGAUGUGCCCUAUAAAGGCAGGUCAUGGUUUCUACUGAAAGCACAAAUAUUAGCAGGAAAUUUUAAAAUAAGAAAUCUUUAUCUUCUGAACGUCGAGGGCUUUUGGCAUAUACGAUGA